AUGAGUACAUCUACAGUAUCGACUAUCGGAAACCGCCCUGUCAUCAACUAUGGUCUUGAACAUGAUCUCCUUUGCGAUCACAGAGGUGCGCCGUAUAGAUUUCGAGAUCAAAUCCGUCAACUCCAAAAAACUGCGGAAUCAAGCCAGCCGGGUGGGAUUGUUGAACAAGCAGAUCUUACUACAGCACACCUGCCUCGUCCCAAGAUCUUGUUUGAGCCACCUGCCAAGCACGAAGACUAUCAAGUUCCAGUUGAUCCAGUUGUCUCGGCCCACUCUGUGUUCUCGUUCUUAGGACGAACAAAGCGGUUACGGUUUCCACCUGAAUCGCUUGAUCUAGGGUAUGAUACGAGGGGAGAAUUUGAACAAUAUCUGGACGAUAUACAAUCCGCAAGGUCAUGCAACAUUAUCAAAACAUGGCUACCACUGGCCCAAGUCAAUAACGAGAAGGACGAGGGACUCGAAUUUCCGUCCACUGUGUCGCGGUGGCAGACACUGGCCCUCCGUGAGAUGGAAGUCGACGAAAAACCAUACCCAACACACGAUAUGGAAUCUACUUACAAUCACCACAUUCUUCCGAAAACAUUUACACUAAGACAGAUUCGAGAGAUUUUUGCCUUGAGAAACUGUUCCAACACAUACUUGAAGCCUGUAUCUCCUCCGCUUUCUCCGGCGUCUGAACCAUACGAACCUUUUAUGCUCAAACCUGACGUGGCGGUCAUAGACCUGACUUCGGAACCAAGUAGUCCAAUUGACAUGGUAAUCGAGAGGUUGCAUUCAAAUGCAGACAAUGACCACCUAGAUCCUCAACCUCCUGGCCUGUCGGGCAUCUUUAGCUCUCCUCCAACGGCCAGAGCAGCUUUGCUUAGCCCGAAAUCGAAGAAACUAUCCGAACUCAAGUUGGACCUACCACUGUUAUCAUCUAGUCCUGAAUCUAGCCAGAAACCGAAUUCUAUGAUGGCAACUUUGAUGCCUACUGUAAUAGAUUCUCAAGCAACAUUACAACCUGAAGUUGAGCAAGAAGGAAUUUUCGAAGAAGCAUUUCAAACUUUCUUAGACAGCAAGCAUUAUGAAGCAAAUCGACGACUGGAACAAGAACGAUUGAAUCCAGCGGAUGCGUUGUUGCGUUUGCCAAUACCGGCAGCCGAUUUUGAUAUACCCAAUCCUGAGUGGAGUACCCAUCUAUCAAGCUCAAAAGAGCAGUUCAGGUGGCUAGUUCAACAGCUAUCUUCUGCCUUUCAUCUCCCAUUUCUGGAAGACGUGAGUCGUCUCGACUCAUCACUCAAAUGGACACCCAUACCCCCUGGAAGCGGAAGGAUAUCGUUGACUGAAACAAUGAUCCAACUAGGUUCUCUCAGUAGAGAGUUACUGAGCUUACAGCCUCCCCAGUUGUGCAGUCAAGAUUAUGCCGUUCCACGACCAAAGCCAAUGAUAUUUCAACUCUUGUCUGACGAAGAUAUCGAACAAGAAGCUCAUGCUAAUAUUAUAGUCUCUCAUCAAGAUUUCUCAAAAGAGAUUCCCACCAACAAAGGUGACGAGCCUUCUAACAUGUCGUCUCUGGAUGAUCUACUAGGAUCACGGCGUCAGACUCUGGGGAGCCAGAUUGAUGGCAAUGGAAAGAAGCGGUUAUUGGCCGACACUAAUUCAACUACUUCAAGCAGUCUAUUAUUCAAUUUCAUGCAACUCCGUCAACCGAAAAGAUCCAAAACCAGGAGUGAUACUCCUCUGCCAACUGUACAAUUCACACCAAGGCCUCAGUCAAACAAAACAAACGUAUGCAGCAAUAUGCAAGAAGUUGCACCAAAGGCGUUGAAGGAUGCCCCCGCUCCUCUCGUGAACAUGCCUGGAGAGAAUUGUCGUUACAUUAUCUCAAUGGACCUGAGCCGUAACAUUUUGUCUUUCAUUGAGAGAUCCUGGCCGCAUGUUGAGCUUAUCGAUCGAGACUUCACCCAGCACAACACUGUUACUUGGUCCCCAGGAUCAACCCAGAGAAUUGAAUCGAUUUCACCAUUGGCUUUUGAGGCUGAUGUGUCUCUGUGUCCCGCUGCUGGCCUGAUCAUGACUACCAUACUCAGAGUCAAACAGAAGCCUCUUCCCGGGUCAACCACUCUGUCGUCGUUUCGUGAGCGCGUAAAGCUUGUGGGUGAGAAAUACGAAUGUCUCUAUAUACUGGUGUCAGAAGCAAACACACAGGGUGAGUAUGUUGGAUCGCCAAGCGCUUCCGACAUAGCUGGUUAUGCCGACUUCGUCCGCUUCACCACCAGUCUUCGAGCAGGCAUUUCAACUUAUUUGGUCUCCGGGGCAGAGGAGACACUUUCGAAGUGGGCAUUGUCUAUCAUGUCUCGUUACUCUUCAGCGGCUCUCCAGUUGGGGCAAUUCCUUGACUUUCGUGACAGUCAAUGGGAUGUGUUCUUUCGUCGUGCUGGUCUCAAUAUCUGUGCAGCACAAGUUUUGACAAGGCUACUCAUGUCUGAAUAUGGGCAAUAUGGACUGGCAAACUUUCUUAAUAUGAGUGUGAGUGAUAGGAUAUCAAAGUAUGGGCAAAUCAUGGGAGGCAAGAGGAUACUGAGUAAUGUAUCAAGUAUUUUGGACCAAGAGUGGAUGUAG